CAGCAACAAACUGAAAAUGAUGCGCGACUAGUGAAGAUAUGGCGUCUCUAACCCCCCUCUAUAAAAGCAUCUGCGACCUUAGUUAACUCUUGCAGAUAUAGAGAAGUUAGCUUUCUGCUCUCACGUCUAAUUCACAAUGCGUCUAACAUUACCCUAUCUCAUUUUCUUUGUUUGGUUCAGCAUUUUCUCCUGCUCCUCGUCUGUGUCGAAUCCACUCAAUGGCAAACACCUUCGCGUCAUCUGGCCAAGUUGGAGUGGUAAUCCCAAAGUAUUGCUGGGGCCGCUUAAAGGCGGUGUCCUCCUUGAUUACCUAUCGGCUCGUUUCAAUUUCACGCACGAGAUGGUCCCAGUGGAAGGCGGACUCGAACCCACCGUAGGACGAGGGCAGUUGAACUACUUGAUCGAUAACCAAUGCGACCUGCUGAUCAACAAUAUUAUUCCGACCGUUUCGCGAAAUAAAAACGUAGAUUUGACAAUUCCUUGGACUUAUGACAAUUUCGCUAUCCUGAUUCCCGUUCCCGAUGAAACGGCCAACAUCAACGCCGUCAUCAAACCUUUCCAAUGGCCGAUUUGGUUGGGACUUGGCGUGUCGAUUCUAUGUGUCAUUAUCGCUUUGAAUACGAUUCAACAAUUUCUCGAUCAACCUUCAAAAAAAGAGACGAACGCAAUAGAACUCGGAGAUGACAAAAUGGUGCAAGCAAAGACCACAAACUAUUACAUCUACGUUUACGGAUUGUUGCUGUCUCAAGGGGGGCCAUGCGAAUCGAAACGGUUGUCGAUUCGUUUGGUCGCCGGCGUUUGGACACUGGCGACUUUCACAUUCGUCCAGGCCUACUCCUCGAUUCUCUUCACUUACGUGGUGGCUCCAGUCAAUCGUCCGCUAAUCAACUCCAUCUACGACAUCUUUGACAAUAGCGAUAUCAAUUUAUUCGUUAGAGUACGAACUAUCGACCUCUUAAUUCAGAAAAAUGAUACUACGGCUAUCUAUAGAGAAAUAGCAAAAAGACUCGAUUCAAAAUCGAAUUCUCGGUGCGCCUACAUUUCCGAGUGCAUUCAAAAGGUCACGCCAGGAUCAAGUAACAUUUUCAUGGAAGCAAGUUCUUUUGCAAAGGACGCAAUCAAAGUAGAGUUCAACAAGACUGGGAAAUGCAACUUGCAGUUCGCAACAGAAGGAUUCGCCACCAUCGUUUCAACGUUUGCCCUACCGAAACAAAGUCCCUAUACUAAAACUAUAAAUCAAGGUUUGCUGGAGCUGCAACAAUCUGGAAUUAUCGACUUCUGGGAAUUAUGGUUCCGCCCAAUGCCUCCUCAAUGUAACGGGAAACCCCCAAAUGGAAACACGGCGCCGAAAAAAAAUUCCUCACUUUCGUUCAAAAACUUAACCGGUGCAUUUAUAGUUUUAUUGGUUGGACUGAGCCUUUCUUCUUUGGCAUUUCUCUUUGAAAAAAUAAUUUCCAUACGAGAGCAUCGUCUUGGACGUUCACGCAACAAAGUCAGAUUUGCUGGCACCAAAUAACGAUUGGGGGGCCUGAAUUUAUGUGAAAUUAUCAGUCUAAAACAGUAAAAAGUCAAUAGAGUUUGAUGGAUUAUGGUCAGUUUUUAAUGUCCAAGAAAGUGUUAGUCGAGAUGACAAGAUUUCACUUCAGUUGUGCACGAAAAAACACGAGAUCUUGGAAACUAUUCCCCAUUAAAUGUCGCCAAUUCAUUCAAAGUUUGUUUGUUUUUACUUUUAAUGACUGCAAAACCAAAAAUUUUCGUGAAUAAAUGAAAUUUAC